UAAUUUCUGUCAGGACCUAAAGACACUUUCAACCAAAAUCUUAAAAAGUGGAUCUGGAGAAAAUGACCAACCCUGCCUUUAAUGUUUAUUACUAACUUUAAUUUUUUAGGCAUUCUGAAAGGGUCUAAAGUGCAAAAGUUUCAUGCAACAUUGUGAUUGAGUGAUUAUAGUUGUAAUGCCAACCUCCUCCAUAAUGCCUUAGGGAUACUGAGCAGUGUUUCCUACACACCACAGGGUGGCAGUGAAGGUGUCUUUGGUGAAGUUUUUCCCUGUGAAACACAUCCACUCUGCAGCCUCUCGCACCAGUACAGGAGCCUAAAAUAAAUUCAAUAAAUGACACAAACGGCUGUGAAGUUUUGUUUUUCCACAAGAGGCGAAAAGCUGUUACACAAAAACAAAAACACAACUCGUAUAAAAAAGAAGAAGAAAACACCUAUGAUUUAAUUGUUGAUUGCAAACCCUGCCUCCAAGACACGUAUGAUUAUGUAGGGAGUGGUUAACCUCCAGUCCUCUUAGGUAAACGACAUGAAAUAAUAAUAACAAUUACAUGAAAGUGGUUCUGCUGCUAAACGAUGGUUCACAGCACACAGUCAGAUCUCACUGAUAAAAAGUGUGUUUAACAUUUAUCCAGUGAAAGAAAGAAAAACAAGGACACAACAAACAGACCAAUGAGUGAUUUAAAGCUCCUGAGAGGAGUUUAUUCACUGGUUAUGAAACAGAAUGAAGUUAAUGUUGAGGUACAAAAGCAAACAAAACCAUCAGCAUCAAGACUGAUUACUUCUAUGUGCAGUUGUUAUUUUUAAUGCACAGAAUCUCUGCUGCAGGGUAACUGUCAGAUGGGAUAACUAAAGGCCCAUAACGGCUCGUCGAUCCAAGUGAGCGAUCGACGCUCUUGUUAUUGCAGUGUGUCCGGCUCGACCAUUUGUGCCUCUUGGGAGCUUAAAGAGGGGGUUGAGAUUUCAUGAGGAAUAAUCCAUUUUAUUGGUCCAUUAUAGUUCCUGUGAGGAACCUUUGAUUAGUGGUGAUUCUGGCGCCCCCUGUGGACAAAGCGCUAUUUGCUGAUCUUGUCAUUUUUUAGAAGAACUCCCUGCAUUACUUGAAUUGUCAUGUGAAUAACUCAGUGUGACUUUUUACUGUAAAAAAAGAACAAAGGCUCUGUCACACUUACCCUGCACCUUCUUUAAUAACAACAUAGAAAGAAUCAACCUUCUCCAUAAUGCUCUUGUUUGCUUUUGUAUGUCAUCUGUAUCAACUUCAGUCUGUUUUAUAACCAGCUUAAACCUCCUCACAGGAGCUUUAGAUAGUUGCAUUCUCAUGUUUUGUAUUUCAAAAACGUUUAACUCUAAUUAGUGUGUGAGGAGCUCGUAUUUGUGCUUGUAUUAUCCCCUCAAAAUUAAAGGAUUAAUUUUUUUUUCCCCAAUGGGAGGAGGCACCAAAUUAUUUUGGCAUUAACCUGGCGUGGUUGCCUUUUAUAAUAUACACUUCAAACUGGCUCUCCAUGCGUGCUUUUCACCUGCCUCUCCUCUGAGCAGAGCAAGUCAAUACGCGAAAAUAACUGUCAUGUUGCCUUCACCAAACCGGAAAGGUGACUUUUGACGCAACGCGUGAGCGUCUGUGGUGUGUGUGUGUGUGUGUGUGUGUGUGUGUGUGUGUGUGUGUGUGUGUGUGUGUGUGUGUGCGCGCGCGCGCGCGUUUGUGUGUGGGGUGUGUGUGUUUGUGUGCUAGAGAGAGAAGGCGAGAAAGAGAGGUGUAGCACAAACAGGUGUAUCCAAAGCAGGUAGAGCUGCACCUUCGUUGAGCCAACAACACUGAAUGGAUUUCCGCUUUUAACGGACUGAUUUUCCACAACCGAAACUUUAAAAAGAGACUUUAUUAAUAAAGAUAAAGACACGAUUAAGGAUGACCCGGCAGCAGGAGGCGUGAAUCCGCCUGAUUGCUUCUUGAGCAUAACCUGUCAUUACGGAUACUAACUACCUGGACAGAUGAGCGUUAUUCCAGCGCGGAUAUCGUCCCAAUUUGCGCACAUUUCAAAGUAACUGAGGAAGAGGAUGAAACCUUUGUUGAACACACUCAUUCUGUGUCUCUGUCUCCUCCGGAUCUUCCUUGUAGUGAUACAGGGGGGCUUUGUGGAUCUCCCUUCAGAAGAUCCCAUUCGCUCCUUAGCUGAAGAAGAGACUGCCCUGCCCUGUCGUUACAAGCCAUCUGGUGAUGAUGUGGUGGUGCAGGUGACCUGGUAUAAAGAGAGCGCUGAUUCAAGCAAGGAGCAGAUCAUCACUGCACAUCACACAAAUGGACAGACAGCGUUUGGGUCGUGGUCUCGACAUGUGCGCUUCAAAAGCAGCGACCCCACCGUGGACUCGUCUCUGGUCAUCAUGCACACAGAGGUCUCUCAUGAGGGGAAAUACAUCUGCCACAUCAGCACCUUCCCAUCGGGCAACUUUGACACGGAGUUGAACCUCAUCGUGUGGACCGUUCCCAUCUCCUCCCUGGACCCUGUGAUUCUGGUGGAGGGACAGUCGUACCGACAGGCCGCUUCAUGCCGCUCUGUAGCCGUCCCGCCCCCCCACAUCUCCUGGGACACAGACCUGAACGGCCAGUCCACCAAUCGCACCUCGGACAAAGGAUCCGUCUCCUCGAUCUACUCCCUACACCCCCUCAGGAACAUGAACGGCAAGAAGCUGGACUGUCUGGUGUGGCAUCCCACUCUGCCGGGUCCCCGCAGGAUAAAAAACACCCUGGUGGUUCACUUCCCUCCACAUGCAGAGGUGUCUGGCUACAAUGAAGAAGGAGACUGGUCUGUGGGAAUGCAGAACGCUGCCCUGGGGUGUGUGACUGGAGGAAACCCCAAACCACACAGUUUCACCUGGAUCAGAAUCGGUGGAGAGUUACCAGAAGGUGUGAUCCCCCACCCGAAUGGAACAUUAGUCUUUGGCCGACCCCUGAGCUCCUCAGACGGAGGCACCUAUCAGUGUGUGGCAAAGAACAAAGUGGGCGUCGGGAAGGCGGAGGUGGAAAUUGAUGUGAUAGAGACUCUCAAGCAGGGGACAUCACCCGAAGACAUGGUGAUGAUGAUCGUAGGGGGCGUGGCCGGCGGGCUGCUGAUCCUGAUGCUUAUCGUCGUCAUCACCGUGACCUGCCACCACAAACGCAAGAACAAGAAACUGAAGCAGGAGCUGACUGAGAGGAAGGAGGAAAUAAGCACUCUCUCCAGGCAGGCCUCUUUCAGGAGGAUGAACUCCGUCAGCACAGAUGUCAGAGGAACCACAGAAGAAAACAUCCCACUGAGGGUUGAGGGAACCACGAGGACCAGCCUGUCAUCCCUUGGGGAGCAAGCUUACUGCCGUGACAGCCGAUCCACAAUCUCUGGUGGGCGUGGAGGAGGAGGAGGAGGAGGGGGAGCGUUCGACUACCUGGGCCGACCAGUCCUGCACAACAACUCUCGGCGGGGGAGGGAGCGUCUUCUGGAUAGAGACGAGGAGAACCGACUCCGAGUGGAAACAUAUGUGAGAAACAGCUCUAUAUCUUUGGUAAGAGUGAAACCCGUUUUCCACCCUCCUCUCACGCCGUCACCCUACCCGGUUGUACAGUCCACCGAGAUCGUCAGGCAGCUAAACGGCAGCGUCAUCAUCCCACUCGAAGGGGGUUCAAGGCCGGGAAGUGUCACCAGGAUGAACCCACAACCCCCUCCGAGCUGCACCUACCCGCCUGUGACAGACGAUGAGGAUGAAGUGGAUGAAGGUCUGGGUGGUCCCGCCAGUCAGGAGCAUCCUGAAGAUCAAGACAGCGAGACAAACAGCUCCCAGGUGUCGGACGCUCACAGUACUCGCUAUCUGCAGACUAACGGCAUGAUCAGACCCAAAUCUCGACUGAGCCCGAAUGGGGUGAACCCCCAUGCCUCCCUGAUCCACAAGGCCCAGAUAGUUUAGCAUGACAUUGAAAACUACAUGAGUGGCCGGAUCUCUGGCUUGGAGGUGGUUUAAUGGGGGAUUCACUGGAAAAAGGUGGUCAGAACCCGUGUUCUACAUAUCACCACUUGACUCCAAUGAUGCAUCUUCUUUAUUGUGUGGGAACAUGGUGCAAUAGAACCAAGUCUUCAAAGGAGAAAAUGUACUCCAAAGCAUCUCCAGGACUCUUCUGUACAUCUGCCUACUGUUGAUGAGGUGUGGUGUUAAUCUACCUGCACUACAGACGUUUAAAAAAAAAAAAGACACUGUUGCAAUAUUUUCAGUGCAGUUACAUUACGACAUUUAAUUUCCUCCUCAGCAACACAGACCUUGUUGCUCUUGUACGCUCUACCUAACAGGUGUCUGCAGUUCACAUUCCUCUCGUGGGGGAUGUCGAAAGCACUCAAUGACAGCAAAUCAGGAAAUGCAUGUAUAAUACUUGAGGAUGUUAGUACAUCAGAAGAGUGCAUUGCGACACCUCGAUACAGAGGGUGGAUUUCUUUUUUUCCUCUGGUGUUGUUUUCAAUUUACCAGUAACUGUGCCGGUGUUAACUUCUUGUACUUGCACAACGCAGUUUGGGAUUUGAUCCAAAGCAAUGGGCUGGUUCCUCACUAGCCACACCUGGAACAUGCAUACCUCUCUGUAUUGUCUUACUGUCCUCAUGCCUUUGCCUAAAGCACUGAGACAGUUGGGAUUAGAUAAAGACAUCACACCGCCAGAACGUGACUAAGGAGUCCUUUAAAUGUAGUCAUUCUGAGAUUUGUAAAUCUGUACAAAGGUGUAAAUAAUUCCCUCAAAAAUAUACAC